CUCGUCCGUGCGCAUGAAAUCGUCCUAAUAAAAUGCUGUUAACGACAAGCCCAAUGGCCAGUCUUCCAUUCAAUACCACAACAACCGAACCAUGCAUACCAGCUACCCCUUUUUGCUGAUAUCGUCCAUGUUGCUCGUGGCAAUUUGUGCGGACGAGCCUAAUUUCCGACUGACCAAGAAUUGGCUUAACCAGUGCACCGAAAAAGAAGACGUGUUAAAGUGUUUGAAAAUCCAGGCGUUGAAGGUGAUCGAACGUGCGAUUAGAAUCAAAACCUUUACAGUUACCGAUGGGAUAAACAUCGUCGCAAAUGGUCGACACGCCAAAAGUAUGGGCGGCUUGAACUUGAACGAAUCAAAAUUGGAAAAUUUGGAUUCGAACGAGUUGUAUGGAUUACUGGGCGAUUCGACCACAAGGUUUUUGGACACCCAUAGGGUGGAAGUCAACCUUCCCAAGUUGGUGGCCGAGGAGGGUAGAGGCAAAAAGGGCGGCAACAAGGGGGGCGGCGGGUACGGGGCUAUGAUGGCGGCGCUGGCUAUUAAGGGGACGUUUUUGGCGAUGGCGUACAAAGGCAUCGCGGUGAUGGCCGGAACCGCCCUCAUCGUCGGCAAAAUGGCCCUACUUCUAAGCGCCAUUCUGGGACUGAAAAAGCUAGUCUCAGACGGGGGAGAGGAAAAAACGACAUUCGAAAUUAUAAAACAACCGAAAUAUACCGAGGAGCACAGCCACUCGACAAGCUACGACGACGAUCACGAUCAUUACCGAAGACAAUACAAAGAAAGCGGCGACAGUAUGCAGAAGCGCGUUUAUAGGUUUAAGUUGCCGGUUCAAAAAUAGCAGUUGUUCUAUCACAGUUAAUUUAAUAAAUAAGUUAUUUAUUUUUUGUUCGGGGUUACAUCGAUUUGCGUUGCUUUUCUUUACUUCUUAUACACCAUAAUAGAGUAGCUACGAGGUCGUCGAGAGAAGAAAUUAGGAAUCUUGUUCCUACUCUCACUUCAUUUACGGCUUUAAUAAACGUAUGCUAAUUUCUAGUUCUUUAACUCCAAUCUUUCUUCAAUUAACACUAUACGCGAAGCAGCUGCAGAUAAUACAUUUCUUUCUUCUGAACUGAUUUUCUAAUUCGGUGUUUCAUACCGCAGUAACUUUACUUACUUUAAGUCUAGUUCUGUUUUUGUUUGUUCAAACAGGUGCACAGUAAAAAUAGUUAGAACCUCAUAACCUCUCAAUGUAAACUCUAUGAAACUAGUACCCAAUCGAUGCCUUCCAUUAAUAAAUUG